UAUUGUGGUGAGACUGUGACCGCUGUCUCCUCCUGUGAACCCAGUCUUCAGCUCAAUGAUAGGACACGAGCAGGACGGCACAGCUGACUUGCUGAUACAGAGCAUGUCAACUGUAUUUAAAGACCAGCGUCCAAAAGCAACUUCUGUAGUAGAUGCUUUCUUCAGUUUGUGAGUUUAGGAGAGCAGCGGGAGAAGAAGUCAGUGUAUUUAAUCACUGGCACUUUCAAAUUAAAGCCAAACCAUAAGGAACAAUGACGGAUCCCUGAAACAUCAUGGAUUUUAAAUUUGGAUUACACAGCCUGGCUUACUCUGUCUUGCACACAAUCACACUGAUUUAAGCUGGUCUUGGCCUCUCAAAAUGGUGCUGAGCUGAAGUAAGAUGGCCUCGGGCAGGAUGGCAACGCCUCAGAGCAGCUCCAGACAGAGCAGUUCAACCUCUUCAUCUCUGAUGAGUACCCAUGCACAGUCUCUGCAGGUUGAUUCAGUCCAGCGCUGGAUGGAAGACCUCCGCCACAUGACGGAGGUGGAGUGUAUGUGUGUCCUCCAGGCCAAACCCAUCGGGGUAGAGGAGGACUCCCAGCAGGGAGAGCUGAUUGUGGCCUCCGGGGUUGGUGCAGGGGACCACGUGGCCAGAAACAACCUGCAGACACUCCUUCGCCGAGCGUUGGUGGUCAGCACAGAGCUGGGAAAGAUGUUUCAGCGUCUGGAGAAGGGGCGCUGGCAGAGGGUCCACAGCACAGCUGUACGGGCAAACUGCCAUGUUCGCUCACUGGUGCACGAAUACAGUGCUGCCCGAAGCACGCCACCUGAGAUGCAGAAGUAUGAGAAGUCUUUACUGGGAAAGUGCAUGGAGCUGACUAAUAUUACAGAGAGGUGCCUUCACACUGAUGAUGAAUUCUUCCUGAAAUCCAUGAGGGAAGCCAUCCAUGAGAUCCUUACAGAUGUCAGUGAUUCAUUCAGCAACAUGAUUGACAUGGCUUUAGCCAAUGAGAUCCGGGUUCUGAUCAAACAGAUUGAAUCAUCAGACAGUCUUCAUACCAUUGGUAGUGCCAUUAGCAACCUGCUGUCCCUGACCCAGGAUGGACCUCAGCUCUGCAGCAUCAUUGCCAAGGAAGGAGCUGUGGUAGCCCUGUUUAAGAUCUGCAGACAGGACCGCUUUAGAGAUCUCUAUGCGCACGCUUUGAGAACAGUGGCCUCCAUCUGCUGUGUAGAGGAAGGCAUCAACCAACUGGACAAGGUGGAUGGGAUCCUGUGCCUGGCAGACAUUUUGACUGAUGAAAGCAGCGUGGAGGCAGCCAGGGCUGAAGCGGCAGCUGUUGUAGCUCAGAUCACUUCGCCUCACCACACAUCCACCCAGCACCUUGCCAGCUUCCUGGAGAGCAUGCACGACAUUGUCACGGCGCUCAUCAAGCUGUGUGAGAGCGCGUCCUGUGGUGAAGUGUUCCUCCUGGCGUCAGCUGCCUUGGCCAAUAUCACCUUUUUUGACAGCAUGGCCUGUGAGAUUCUCCUGCAGCUCAAUGCCGUCCACAUCUUACUUCAGGCCUGCAAAGACCGUCAAAGAGUUGACACACCCUACUCCAAAGACCAGGUGGUGACAAUCUUGGCAAACCUUUCUGUGUUAGAGCAGUGUGCUUCUGAAGUCCUGCAAGAACAAGGUAUAGAGAGACUGCUGCUGUUGCUGGGAGAAAAACCAUCCUCUUCCAGUCCAUCAGAGGGUGCUGCCUGCGAGCGUGUCCAGCAGAAAGCUGCAGUCACACUGGCCCGACUGAGCAGAGACGCUGAUGUGGCCCAAACAGCCAUCCAACUAAAAGCUGUUCCUCGUCUUAUCGAACUGUGUCGCUCACCUACUGAGAGAAAUAACAGUGACUCUGUGCUGGUCGCUUGCCUGGCUGCUCUGAGGAGGCUGGCAGCAGGCUGUCCAGACAGCAUUGAGGCGGCCGACCACCAGCAGCUGAUCAAACCACGUCUAGUUGACUCUUUCCUGCUGUGUUCCAACAUGGAGGAGAGCUUCGUAUGACGCCCUGCACACCAAAACACUGAGCGAAGACCUCUCAGUGUCAGUACAAAAACCUGUACUGACAUGUGCUCUAAAAGAGUGGCUCUACUUCAUGACUACAGCUUUGUUUGAGUAUAAUUUUCUCAAAUUUUGAUACUGGACACUCUUAAUUUGGAUGAAUGGAGUGUGUCAGUUAUUAGGAAAUAGCUGAAUAGAUGCAGAGAACAUAUAUUAGUAAAGUUAUGUAAAUGUGUUGCGUAUGCUGUUUUAGGUCAAAGUGGGUCAUUGUUUCAUGUUAUUCCACAGAGAAUUUCAUAAUUUCAUUAAUCAUAACAAUACGUUUUGUAUAAGUAAGUGCAGCUUUAAAAAAAAAUGAAAGAAUAACCUGUUAUGAAAUGAAAGACUUCAUAUUUCACCACUGUGCAAUUUUUUUCUUACAUUUUGAUAUUGUUUCAAAAGGUUUCAAAGAGAACUGUCAGUCUGAAAUGUUUAUCAUGUGAGAAUUGAGAUUUAUUUCUGGUUAAAUUCUUUUCAACUGUGUAAAAUAUUAAACAUUUUCAGUGAGCAACCACUUUUUAAGAUAACCAUUCACAAGUAAAUUAUUACUGCUGGUGUGCAGGUUUUUUGUUUGUUUUUGUUACCUUAACUGGAAGGCCACAUGAAGCACUUCAGGUCUUUAAUUGAGGCUUACAGUCGUAUGAAAAAGGACCCUCUGCAGUCCUAGAACGCCCUCUAGCAGCAGUAACUUAGUAUGUAUGACUUUAUCAGUCGCUCACAUGAUUGUGGAGGAAUUUUGCUUAAUGGGCACUGGUUUAUGCACGGCUCUCUCAAGGUCCCUCUCUCAGCCAUCCUGUUGUUGAUGUUGUCGAUUUGCUGCUGUGCCUGGGAUCAUUGUCCGGUUGCAUGACCCAGUCUUGGCCAAACUGUAGCUGUCUGUGAGUUCAUGGUCAGCUCAAAGAUAGCAAGGUCCCUGUUAACUGAGGACGCCAGAUCACGGUGAACUCAUAAAACACACGUGUAAGUAGCAGAACAUAAAAACGAAAAAGUCCAUUAUUUAAGGAAAGGAAGGAAAAAAGUUCCAGAUUCUAUCUGAUAGUCAAAGUUAAAACUUCCAGACAAGCAGUGAAGAGGAAGCAAAUUCUCUUGUCUUCAUUGUGUCUUAGUUAAAGGAUGCCAAAAAAAAUAAUUUAGCCAGUGCCCUGCUGAAGGUCAUUUUGGUACUUUUGAAUGCUGUAAAGUCAUCUGUGUUCUUACAAAGAAAUAAAUUGUCUUUGGUCCGUGUCUGUAUAGUGUGCACCAGAAAAAGGGAGAAAUGAUUUCACCCAGUAUUUCAGAGCAGGAGAAUAAGUUGUGUACCACCACAGUCUUUUUAUCACAUUGUACAGACAUUAAGUGCAAA